CUGAGUGUUUGUCCUGCAGGGGAACUGUGUGGUCACUGAUAAAUAAUUAGCAGAUUAACUUCCGUAUAUCUUCGAGACUGAGCUGUUGCUUCCGUAUCGCGCAGGCUCGAGUUUCCCUCUUCGGCUGGACGGUCAAUUGCUCCAGGCUAUAAACUGCGGUAACAAUGCGUGCAGUCCCCGAGGAGUUAACAACGCUUAUUUCAGAUCUCGAAAAUUACCUCACUGAAGGGUUGAAAGGAGAAACCCUAAGUAAGAAGGCGAAAGAGAGGAGGGAAGCCUUCAUCAAAAGAAUAAAGGAGGUCAAGCAAAGUUUUCCACAUGAUUUCAAGGACAAAAUAGGUGGAGAUGACUCAGAUUACGAGGAGGAAGUUGACAGCAACAACGAUGGAGGGUCGCUGCAGUCAGAGCGCACUGACAAAGAUGAAGAGACUUUCGAAGGUUCCCAGCAGUCCCCACCUGUGGCGGCCCAGGACCUGCCAUCUGUCUUUAAGGCAGGAUAUCUUGAGAAGCGCAGAAAGGAUCACAGCUUUUUUGGUACUGAGUGGCAGAAGAGAUGGUGUGCUCUGAGCCAUCACACCUUCUACUAUUACGGCAGUGAGAAAGACAAGCAGCAGAAGGGUGAGUUCAGUAUUGAUGGGUACACUGUCAAAAUGAACAACACCUUACGCAAAGACGCAAAGAAAGACUGCUGCUUUGAAAUUUCAGCCCCAGACAAGCGACUCUAUCAGUUUUGUGCGUCAUCACCGAAGGAGGCGGAGGAAUGGGUGAAACAGAUAGACUUUGUUUUGAGAGAUAUGUCAGGAAUCAUCCCAGAAGAGGAUGAGGAGGACCAGGAAAUGUACGAUGAUGUCGGGAAUAUAGGUAGCACAGCCGAGUCUGCGCCAAUCGAUGAUGACAUCUACGAAGAGCUCCCAGAGGAUGAGGCUCCAGCUGUGACAAAGCCUCCUCCAAAAAUCGAGCCAGCAAGCAAGCCACCUGCUCCUCCUCUUGCUGCAGUUGAUAAGAGCGCAGACUAUCAGAACUACUACCAGGGCUUGUGGGACUGUUCAGGGGACCACCCAGAUGAGCUGUCCUUCAAACGUGGAGAUGCCAUCUACAUCCUGAGCAAGGAGUAUCAGAACUUUGGCUGGUGGAUUGGAGAGAGGAAUGGAGUUAUAGGUAUUGUUCCCAAAGACUAUCUGAUGGAGCUGUAUGCUCUGUAAAUGCACCCAGUGUAAGCUGCUGAGAUCUCAUGGCUUCUAGUUUGAUUUAACCCCCCCCAACACUUACUUACACACACACACAUCUGCUUAUUUCAAAUGUUCAAAAGUUGUAACUGGAAUAAUAAUAAUGUAAUAUUCCCUGCCAUCACUGUAAGAUACAGAUGAUUUAAUGGAAGGAUUUUUUUUUUUUUAUUAUUAUUUGGCUGAUACAUGCAGGGGUAUCUGCACUUUGCACUGCUGGCUUGUUUAUUUAUUCUGUAUUCAGUGUAUUCGGGUUUGAUUUUGUACACCAUAUGACUUCACUUGCUGAUUUUGGUAAAUUUGAAAUGUCAUUCUAACUGGCAAAAUUAAUAAAAAUGUAAACACA